GAACAUCAUUCCAAGCUUUUCCACGAACCAACUCAUCCGGUGUUCAUUUCUCUUUGCCGACUGCAUCCAUCUCAGCCCAACAUUCUCAUUUUCGCAAGAUCCCAUCUACAGCCUCAUUGGGGCAUCAUCAACACACUAACAUCUCACAUCCCUCUCUAUUGCACCAUGUCUACAAACACCGCCUCUCCUCCUGUCGACGUUGCAUCUCUCUCAGUAAAGUCCAACGACCCUCGAGACCAGCAACUAGUUAUCAGACAGAUGACUCCUGAUAUUAUUACUUUUUCGGUGCCCUUCACCCGAUCUGGUUUUCUACCCAUUGGUGGUCGUUCAACUGCCAUUCGUCUCUCUCGUCCUUCCAAACCAAUCGUCACCCAAAAUGCCAUCCAACCGCAUCCUCAAUCAGCUCCUUCAGAUGUAGUCUUUGUCUAUGCCUCUCAUCCUUUGACUGCGGCUACUAAAGAAGCACUCAAUACCUUGGGCGAAGUAAAAUGGUUGGUCACUCCUGAUGGAGAACAUGGAAUGUACAUCCAGGAAUACGUCGACCAUUUCCCCGGAGCACAGGCAAUUGGUGUUGAACGUUACAAGGAACAGAAGCCUGGCAUUCAAUGGGCCGGCCUCUUUGGUCAGAAUGUCGAUGGCGAGACUAAAAAAUAUGGUUUUGAGCCUGAGAUCAGUCUGCAUCAAGUAUCAGCUCACGUUAACCAUGAGCUCACCGCCAUUCACCACCCUUCCGGUACCUUACUUGAAGGUGAUAUGCUGUUCAACUUGCCUCCGACAGAGCAGUAUAGCAGGGCUGGCGGAUUGCCCACACUUUUCAAGUUCUUUGGGAGCGGUGGCUCAUUGAGUCCGGGAGGCAAGGUGCAUGCCAGUAUGGCUAGUGGAGUUACAAAGAAUAAGGACUUGUUGAAGAAGGAAUUGGCGCCGAUCAACGCUGCCAAAUGGGACAGAAUUAUUCCUUGCCAUGGAGAAGUCAUUGAGACAGACGGGAAAGUCCAAUGGAACAAGGUGUGGGGCAAGUUUUCGUAAAUGUUGUAUACUUGUAGACCUUCAGAACAAUGGGCAAUCGAUGGGGAAAGAGUAAUAACCAUUCAUGUCAUGAAUAUAAUAUCACUGU